UCGAAAACAGAAUGAUUCAUUAUUUUAUGACCACUUCUAUUUUAUCUAGGUUCAAUAAAAUACGUUUGUUAUAAAAUGUUUCCUCCAAAAUUUAGUUUUGUGAUUUUGCUUGAGAAACAUCGUAAUUUGCAACCUCUCCACAAUCAUGAAGAAAACUGAGACCCUCAAUGCUUGUACCUGGAUAGUAUUAUUCUUGGCAUCCAGCUGUCAUGGACAUUUUUUCCUCGGAAGCUGUCCAUACCUUCAACCAGUGGAUGAUUUCAACUUAACAUCGUUGGAGGGCACUUGGUAUGAAAUCGAGUCUACAGGUUCUUUCAUUGAGUCAUCCAUCACUCGUUGUAAUACACCAAUGUUUACACUUACUGGUGGAAAAAACUUUGAGUUCAUUUAUACAAGGAAGUUGGGGGAAUCUCCAAUUCUGAUAAGCACUUCAGGAUCAGGAAGACAAUUAAAAGAAGGAAGACUGCAGUUGAAUAUCAGAUUACCAGUUUUUAGUGCUCAGAAAAUUCCAUACAUAUUCUGGACUAUCAACCAGGGGAUUAUAUUCUUGCAUGGUCUUGCACUCAAUUCCCUUUCUUCAAUAUUCAGCAAGGAUGGAUCUUGUCGAGCAAAAGAAGUAUGAGCAAUGAUACUCUGACUGACUUGUAUGACGUUAUCGAAGAGAAUGGGCUGAGCAGGAGAUACUUCGUGACAAUAGUCCAAGAUGACUGUGAUAAGAAUUGAAAUCCAUGGUCAUCGAUUUGAAUAUAUCAAAAAUAUUAUGUAAUACAAAAUAUAAUGAAUAUAAGAUAAUACAAAUGAUAGAAUAACACAGUUA